GUCUCAGUGUUUGUUCAGUCUGUCAAUGAGUAAACCCUGCAGCAGGAACAACUCCUCACAUACAAUUUCUGGCACUGGGCGCACAGCUGUCUGCACCAUGGACACAGGAAUCAGUCAUGUGCUGCUGCUUCAUUUCUGGCUGAGCUGAACUAAGAGAAAAAGUGAUGAUGACGGCAGUUGGAGCAGAGGUCACCGGGUCGUGGUUCCUGAUGUCAGGAGUCGCUGGGUUCUUCAUCAUCCUCCUCCUCCUCUCCAUCUUCCUCACAGCUCUCUGCAGCGAGUGCAGCAAACGUUCUUUCGAGCUGCGAGACCCUGAGGCAGACAAAGAUCCUUCAACUCUCAUCAGAGUGGUGAAGCUGGAAGAUGCCAUGGUGGCGAGAGAGAAUCCCAUGAUUAAUGAGAUCCAAAAUGAUGAAAAAGACCUUACUCCUCGUGAAGCAAACACGGUCUCUUUCACUCCCUGGAGGAGCCACUUAGGGGCAUCACAGAACCACAAAGAUGUUCAGACCAAUGGUAGUGCAGCUCUGACAAAGACAGAGAGUGAUUCUGAAAAAGCGGAAGAGUCAAAUCCUGAAGAGGAAACCUCUGUCCCGUUCACUCCAUGGAGGAGCCACUUGAGGGAGCCAGAGAACCAAGACCACAUCUACCACACCAUAGGAGGAGGGCAGAGCAGCAGUGGAGGUGAUGCUGACGUGUCAUCACUACCUACCAAUCAGGAGCCAGGAGAGGAGCACCAUGUUCGCUAUGUGGGGGAUUUGAUCGACAGGAAUUCAGUUUAUGCACGAGUCAGCAAAAAGGCGAGGCCGACCACGCCCCCUAUUUAUCCACCUGAGGAGGUGCAGGUGGAUGUGGAGGGGUCUUUACCUCCUUUACCUGACAGAAGGACACAGCUGGAGGAAUGAUGAUGAAGGACAUGAGACAAAGAAUAAAGGGACAGAGAGGGAAGGAUGGCAGCUAAAGGACAAAAAGAUGAACGACUGAAGAUGAACACAUGAUGAAGGAUGAAAUGUGAAGGAAUGAGGACAAGAGACAAAUAUGAGUUACAAAAGGAUUAAAGACAACAAAGGAUGAAGCAAGGAAAGAUGAUGGUGCGUUUAUACAAAUCAUGAAGUAAAUUUCUGCCUUGUGUUACUCACACAAAUGAGACCACUGAAGUGAUUUUGGGGGAUUUUUUUUUUUUGCAAAUAUUCAUCCUGAACAGCUGCGCUAAAGCUUGUGCUACUUGUGCUACAGCAGCAUGAUACGUGGACAGGCAGCGUCAGUUGAGUAGAAGCCAGAAAACCUGUUGCGUCUGCAUGAUACGCCGCAAGAUGAUGUCAGGUUGUAACGCAACAAGUAAUGAUGUAAUACAAGGACCUGGAAUGUCAACAGCAGAAACAGAAGGAUAACAAGAACGUUACAUGUAGACAUGGAGGUCUACUGCAAAGCGGCAAUAUAUGAUGACUCAGGAUGAGAAAGUGUUUCACAAUAAAAGACCAACUUAAAUAACUCAAAGCAUUUUGCAAUGAAGCAACUAUACAAAAUAGCUUACUCAGUUAACAAAUACGUAUUUUCAUGACUUACCAUAAAGUCCUGUGGCUUUGCUCACCCUCUCUAAGCCCUCUCCUUGAAUGUUCUGUCUCUACAGUACUGACAAGUCAUAAAGAUCCAAGUGGCCACAGAGCAACAGUUUGUCUGCUAUUUCUGACUAUAAGUGACAUCAGGAGAAUCUCAACCAGAUCUCAAUGUUGAAAGGCUUUCACUACACAGUGUCAUGCAGAUUUCCCAUGAAUAGCAUGAAUUUGCAUCAUUUGCAUCGGCUGGUGCAAAUUUGUGUCAAUUUGCCUCAUUGCACUGACUUUACGUGUAACAGUGCCACAUGAAACUCUUGCUUUGCUUUGGUGUGAAUGCACCAUAAAGGAUCAAUCGAAAAAGUAAAAGUAUCGACAAAGUAUGCAUUUAGGAUAAACAAACUAAAGAUGAUGGACAAAACACAGAAACAAUGUAAAGUUGGAACUUAUUGAAGAUGAAUAUUCUUAACUUUAAACAAAUCAAAGAAAUAAGGUAAAAUAUGUCUGCAAUUAAAAAUGAUUGAAAGGGCUUUUUUUUUUUUUGCUUUUACACCUUUACACUUUGGUUUCUGUCAAGACUUGAUUUUAAUGUGGCAUGGAAAAUAUUUUAAUGACUGACUCUGUCUGUGGAUAUAUUGUAUAUCUUUCUGUAAUAAAGCUCAGUUUAAAAAGAGG